CUUUUUUCAAAAGAGCCUUCAUACAAAACUUACCCCCACUCCCCCCCUCUCUCUCUCUCUCUCUCUCUCUGUAUCUAUCUUCUUCUCCAAACUCUUGUUUCAGAACUCAUUCAAUUGUUCAAAAAUCGAAGCUUUUCACCACUCUCUCUCAAUAACACCAGCUGGAGGAGGCUCUGGGUUUACAUGGUUUCAAGCAUCACCGAGUUCUGUAGAAGAAAGGUUCGGUUUUUCUCGGUGUAUUAAUUCAAAGUUGCAGACUUUGCAGAAAAAAAAAGAUGAAUACGAGAGAUGUAGUAGGAUGGGAAGAGGAAGAUAGAUCCGUAGCUAGUGCCGUUUUAGGGAACUUAGCUUCUGAUUUUCUCACGGCGAACUCAGCUUCGAAUCAGAACCUGUUUCUCGUCAUGGGAACCGACGACAGUCUCAACGAGAAGCUCUCUCGUCUCGUGGACUGUCCCAACUCCGAGAGUUUCAGCUGGAGCUACGCCAUUUUCUGGCAGCAGACCGUGUCUAGAUCCGGACAUCAAGUCCUAGCUUGGGGAGACGGGUGUUGCCGCGAGCCCAAGGAACAGGAAGAAUCCACCUUCUGUUAUAACAGAAUAGAGGAGGAAGAGAUGAGGUGGCAGUACAUGAGGAAGAGAGUGUUGCAGAAGCUUCACAGGCUGUUCGGUGGAUCUGACGAAGACAACUACGCUUUGAGCUUAGAGAACGUUACGGCUACUGAGAUGUUCUUCUUGGCUUCCAUGUAUUUCUUUUUUAAUCACGGAGAAGGUGGUCCUGGGAGGUGUUACGCUUCGGGGAGACACGUGUGGUUAUCAGAUGCGGUUAACUCCGGUUCUGAUUACUGUUUCAGGUCUUUUAUGGUUAAGAGAGCUGGGAUCAGGACGGUUGUUAUGGUUCCUACUGAUGCUGGUGUUCUCGAGCUUGGUUCCGUUUGGUCUUUGCCUGAGAAUGUAGAGUUGGUUCAGUCUGUUCAAGGUUUGUUCAUGAGGAGAGUUAAGCCGCCUCCUUUGGUGGUGGUUCACAAGCUUUUCGGACAAGAACUGAGUAGCUCGAAUCAAGUGCAAGAGAAUGUGAGCGUGGUUGCUGUAGAGGAUAAGAAUCACAAGGUGAAGAAGGCUUCUUGUAAAGAGACAAGACCAGCGAGUUUAUUAGCAGGAGUAGUAGGAGGAGGAACAGCCUCUGUUGUGGAGGAGAAGAGACCGAGGAAACGAGGGAGGAAGCCUGCGAAUGGAAGAGAAGAGGCGUUGAACCAUGUGGAAGCUGAGAGGCAGAGACGAGAGAAGCUUAACCAGAGGUUCUACGCUUUACGAGCUGUUGUGCCAAACAUCUCCAAGAUGGACAAAGCGUCUCUUCUUGGAGACGCCAUCUCUUACAUCAAAGAGCUUCAAGAGAAAGUAAAGAUCAUUGAAGCUGAAGGAGUUGGAACAGAGACCACUGAGGCAGAAGAGAGUCGAGAGGUUGUUGACAUUCAAGCUGGGGAAGAAGAGGUUGUUGUGAGAGUGAUCUCACCGUUGGAGUCGCAUCCAGCUUCGAGAAUCAUACAAGCAUUGAGAAACUCAGAGGUUACGGAGUCUAAUCUUUCAUUAGCUGAUGAAGGCACAUUGUUUCACACUUUUGUGGUAAAGUCUAAUAACGGGUCUGAUCCGUUGACGAAAGAGAAGCUUAUAGCAGCUGCUUACCCGCAAACCAGCUUGACACAGCAGCUAUUACUACCAUCUUCUAGUUCACAGGUUUCUGGUGAUUUGUAGCUUUCAAGCUUCUUCUCUUGUGCAGGUAUAGGAAGACUUGAGGUUCAAGUAGAAAUUAGAUAAAAUCCUUUUAUUUGUUUGUUCUCUUUCUUAGGUGAAAGUAAAUCCAAUUUUCAUAUAGUAAUUUUCUAACGUUGUAAUCUAUUAAAGUGAAAGUAAUACAGUCUUCAUGAUGCGAGAGAGAAGCUAGUUAAGUCGUUAGUUUUACAUAUUUGUAUCUUGAAAUUAUUAUUUUUGUCCAAAUCAAAUAAAUAAGAAAAAUAUAAUUUGACCU